GAUAGUGAACGGGGGAUAAACAGCAGCUCCGGAGAUCCCACGAAGUUCGAGUGCCCUGGAGGCAGAAUCUGCUUUGCAUUACCGACGCGUUUAGACCCCAACAAUACAAUUUACAGAGGAUUGUUGUGUACGUGCACUUACCUUCCUCCUGGACCGUUCCAUCCGGAGUUAAACCAAGUCAGAUUAUCCGCCCCAACGUCCACCUUCAGAUCCCUCUGUCAGUGGUCUGUGGACGAAAAGGAGAGCUCUAAGAGCACUUCCUCUGGUUGCGUUCAAGCGAGUCCAGGGGUGUUUUGAGAGGGACUCCAUGAAAGAUGACAGAGGAGGUGAUUGUUAUAGCCAAGUGGGACUACACUGCCCAGCAGGACCAGGAACUUGACAUCCGGAAAAACGAGCGCCUGUGGCUUCUGGACGACUCCAAGACGUGGUGGCGUGUACGGAACGCCGCCAACCGCACCGGCUACGUCCCGUCCAACUACGUGGAGCGCAAGAACAGCCUGAAGAAAGGCUCGCUGGUCAAGAACCUGAAAGAUACUCUGAGCUUUAAGACUCGACGGAAGACCAGCGCCUCGCCGACACCCAGCACGGACGGCGAGUACCCGUCCAACGGCGGCGGCGGUGGGGGCAUGGGCACGCUGACCUCUGGCGCGGAGCGCAUCUAUGACCUGAGCAUCCCCGCUGUGGUCAAGUUCUCGUAUGCGGCGGAGCGCGACGACGAGCUGACGCUGGUGAAGGGCGCGCGCGUGGUCGUCAUGGAGAAGUGCAGCGACGGCUGGUGGCGUGGCAGCCACGCCGGACGCGUCGGCUGGUUCCCCUCCAACUACGUCCAGGAGGAGAUGACCGCGGGCGGCCUCGACGGCGGCGGAGACGUGGGCCUGGGAUACGGCUCCCAGCGGGCGCCAUCCGUCUCGUCCUCGGGGGUCAUCGUGUCCAACGGCUGGGCCACGGCCGGCGGGCGACCAGGGGGCGGUGGCGGCGGACGGUCUGCCGGUGUCCUCCACGUGGUCCAGACGCUCUACCCGUUCAGCUCCAUGACGGAGGAGGAGCUGAACUUCGAGAAGGGGGAGACCAUGGACGUGUUGGAGAAGCCCGAGAACGACCCCGAGUGGUGGCGCUGCCGCAACGCCCGCGGCCUCGUGGGCCUCGUGCCCAAGAACUAUGUGGCCAUCCUGAAUGACGGAUCCGACGCGGCGUCAACGGCCGGGGCGUCGGUGGUGCCGGGCAGGGGCUACCACACGCUCACGGGCGGCUCGCGGGGCGGCUCGCGGCCCGGCUCGCCAUACGUGGCCGGUGCCCUCCUGCGGCCCUCGCGCACGGGCAAGUUUGCGGGGAAGGACUGGUACUACGGCGCGGUGACGCGGCACCAGGCCGAGUGCGUGCUCAACGAGAGGGGCGAGGAGGGAGACUUCCUGGUGCGCGACAGCGAGUCCUCGCCGAGUGACUUCUCCGUGUCGCUGAAGGCAGAAGGGAAGAACAAGCACUUCAAGGUGCAGCUGCUGGACGGCGCCUAUGGCAUCGGCCAGCGCCGCUUCCCCAGCAUGGACGAGCUGCUGGAGCACUACAAGAGAGCGCCCAUCUUCACCAGCGAGCACGGAGACAAGCUCUACCUGGUCAAGGCCCUGGCCUGAGCGAUCCCCACCCCCUGACCACACACACACACACACACAGCCUGCCCCAGAUGCUCUACCCACCCACAGUCACCUCUUCCUCUCCUUUUCUUCUUCUUUAGCUUCCUGUUGAGCUCGUCAGACUUGAGGGCCCAGACUAUGGGGACCCCAUGGGGGUGGGGAUGGGGCCAGAGUCCCAGGCCUGCAGGAGUGCACAGGCAACCAACCCCCUUCCACAUCGAGCCCACUGACCCCUGUGGACCGUUUCAGAAACUGUUUGAGGCGGGCUUCUGCCCCUGUCUCCCUCUUUUAUUUAAACUGUCAAUGAUGUCUAUCUUGUUGUCAAAUAGUUUUUGUUUGUUUGUUUGUUUGUUUUCUAAACUUUUUAGCAUUACUCAUGAACAUGUGACCCUAUCUUUUCACGAAGUGACCGUUGUCAGCACUCUCUGCCUUGGCUGGGGCCACCUCGUCUUCUCUCCUGUUGUGCUUGGUCUGAGGUGUGUUAACCUCUGUGAUGUUUUUUUUUUUUUUGUAUUCUGGACUUCUGAACACCUGCUGAAUUGCCCUCUGUCUGUGCCAUUGACCGAGAGAGAGAGAGAGAAAGAAAGUGCUGAAAAUGAUGUUGGAUUGGUUGGCUCAAUGCUGAAGUUGGAAUCGCUUGAUGUAGAAAACACAAGGAACUUUCUGUUAAUUGAAUCCUUGGUUGAAAAUCGGGUUAUCAAAAAUCUGGAUAAGUUAUUGUCAAUGCAAUAAGCAUACAAAUUAGUUAAGUCACAGGAAGCCAAGCCAACUGAUGGUCUCUGACAGUGACAAAUAAAUGUUGGGAAAACAUUAUUUCAGGAUACCUUGAAUUACUUGGGAGAAAGAGCGAUAAGGGGGGCUUCUUUAGCUCAGCAAAGUAUGAAUGUCUGUCAACCUACAACCAUAUGUGCCAGCCACCUCUAGUACUGCUAAAAUCUAAAAUCAUUAUCUUACACACACACACACACACACAGAAUCACACUCUCACACACACACACACAUUUUCACUCAUGCGCAAUCUUCCAGGGUAACACUCAUGUAACACUGAUUAUGAUGUGUGUUAAUUCAGAAGUAAUAAGAAAACCGUAAUGAUUUUUUUUUCAGUUUGAUUGAACUUGGCUACAAACCAACUGUUUACCAGUAAGAGUGUUGAUUGAUGAGUUUAUCUGCUUUUUAUAUGGAAUAUAAUGUCUGAAUGUUAUUGAACAAUGUUAUUUAAUUCCUCUUUCCACUGUAUGUACAUAAAUAUACAUAUUCUAUAUAUAAAUAUAUAUGAAGAGAGAGAGAGAGAGAGAGAUCAUGUGCAUUUUAUGAAUCACUUAGAUCAACAUAAUGGUACUGUGCUGCAGACAGUGUGGUGAGAAUUGAAAUACUUUUGUUCAAUAAAAGUUUUGCAGAAUAAC